GAUAAUUAUAAAAUUUAAAAAAAAAUACGAAUAGUCCUAUGUCUGUGCCGUGAUUUCCGUUCAACAAACAGACUUGGUUGUAUACCGCUUAACCUGUUCGAUUUUGAUGAAAUCGAACUCAAUCGUUACGAAAGUUUGUUUUAAAAGCGUUUAGUCUUAGCAACGGCGUCAUUGAAGAGUUUGUAGACUAUUAAACCCCUUCCUCUAUUCAAUAAAAAAACAACAUCUGUCAAAAUGCCGCGCGUCAUCCGGAUUCCGGACGACCGACCGAAGACUGCACCAGUCCUUCGAAGAGUUUCUUCAACUAAUUCUACAGUCAUCAACCGGCGAUUAGCUUUAUCGACGGCUGGACGAAGACAGAGCCGCUAUUCAAUGACCGACAGUUCAGAUGACGAAGACGGGGAAGUAAAUUUUGCUUGGGGCAAUGAAAACGAGAAAAGGAGAUUUAGAAGAGAAGUUGUUGAACGUGCUAUGAAGGAAUUCGAUGUCGACAAGGCUCUGGAUAGGAUUAGGCAGAUGUCGGUCGUCGAAUGGAUGGUUAAACCAGAUCAAUUUACAUUGGAUUGUUCUCAAGCUGCUGCUGCUCUACAGAAGCGUUUAAAGAAUUUGAUGGGUAGUGAAAAAGUGCGACUAAACGAUCCAAAGUACAUAGGCGAACUUAAACAGAAGCUUGAUGAAGAGUAUCAAAUUAGGGAGGCAUCUAAGGAGAAAGAAAGACGUGAAAGAGAACGGAUGAGAGUUCGCAAGUUACUUGUUCAGGGUCAAAUCGAUUCAUCCCAAGUCAGGAAUGACACAGAUUUGUGGAGAGAGCACGUACAGCGGGAAAAACGCACAGCAAACACCUACCCAACCCAUUUGUUCGGUCGGAAACGGAAACGCGAAUCGGAAAUGCCAAAGUUCUCCUCCUUCAAGGAGCAAACCCCUGCCCUGCCCUGCUUAAAGCCUUCCUAUGUCAAUCCUCCUAUUAGCAGGCCCGUUUCGGCUUUUAGGACUAUGUUGCAUAAACCAAAUGAGGGCAUCAGCUUGACUUUAGAGACAGCAUUAAGGGGUAUAUCUCUCGAUGACGCGACUGUAGAGGAUGAAGCGGUUCCUCAAGCGGAAAUUGGGCAGAAGGUUACGACUUUUAAAAGGAAGAAAUUGCCAUCAGCUGAAGAUGCAUCGACGUCACUUAAAUUUAAAAAUUACCAGCCGUCUCUAAGAGUAAAAGAUGAUAUUUAUCUGAAAAGAUUAAUAGAAGAGCAAACUGUGAACGGACUUUACGAUUGCGCAAUGGAAAUGAUUGACCUGCGAGUUGGUUCCGAUUACAGCAGAAGGAAAUAAAUUAUUAAUUGAGUAGAAAAGAAGAGAAGAAAAGAAAAUCAAAAUAGCGUCCACCAGAUGACGCCUGAAAGCAAUAAACACUCUAGGCGUUCGGAGACGUUACCGACUUGAGACGUCAAUUUGUUUACAUUAGUCGCAAAUCCGUUUUCGAUCCGCUCGUCAGCAUUUUUAUAGCCGGACAGCAAAAUAUACAUACGGGGUAAGGGCUUCAAUUUGGGUGGCGAGUCUUUGCAGUAGAAAAGAUCUGCUCCACUGGGACAGAGUGUCAACAUUUGGUGCAAUUACUGUUGCAAAGUUCAUCUCGUACAUUGAAAAACGACAAUUAUCCGCCUCGUCUUUCGCACUCCGAUCGCGGAUAAUUUAUUCAUUGACAUUUUAUAUAAGUGUAUAUAUACGUACAUAUACUUAUAUAUAAAUACAUAUACACAACCUAUAUAUAUAUAUAUAUAUAUAUAGC